AUAAGAAAAAAACAUCAAAAAUGCAAGACGAAGAAAACUCCUUUGAGUUGCGCACGUAUGAACGCAUUUCCGAGUAUGUGCCAGUUGAGGAUACUGUAAUUCAGAGGAACUUUGAGGAAGAUUGGAAGAACAGCUGUCAAAUAUACGAUGCUUUGAGAAAAGACUCGAAACUAUGCGAUGCAGUACUCGUUGUUGAUCAGCGAGAAUUCCCAGUCCACAGAGUCAUCAUGGCUGCCUGCAGUCCAUAUUUCAAAAGAUUAUUCACUAACCAAAUGAACCCAUCUUUUGAUGGUGAUUUUCCAAUAGAAUACCACAUCUGUGACAAAAUAAGUGCUGGAGUCAUGGAAAUUAUCAUCAAUAAUGCCUACAACAGGAAGAUUGAUAUUAACCCUGAAAAUAUUGAGUUAUUACUAUCAGUUGCCGACCAGUUCCACAUAUUUGGUUUAUUAAAAGCAUGUGUCAAUUAUUUGGAAGAAAAUUUGUCCGUGAAAAAUUGCAUUGGAAUAUGGAUGCUAGCAAAACACCAUAACUGCCCCAACCUAGAAAGCACAGUCUUUCGAUUUUUGUUAAGACAUUUUACACCCGUGUCAUUCUAUAGCCAAGAAUUCGUCCAGUGUUCCGUAGAUGAUUUGGUUGGUUUACUAAGUGCCGAGAACUUAAAUGUGGCAAAUGAAGAAAUUGCGUUCGAGGCUGUCAUCCGCUGGAUUUCUCAAGAUCCAAUUAAUCGCAGAAAGUCCCUCCCCGUUCUGCUCCCAAAUAUCCGUCUUGGAUUGCUCAGCAGUGACUUUUUCUGUACACAAGUCGUGAAUGACGAGUACGUCAAAGCAGAGCCCCAGUGUGCCGCAAUUUUAAAUGAAGCACAAAAACUCAUCGAUGCACUGGACAGUGAGAAAUAUUCUGAUGUAGAUUUUACCCACCCCCUCACCUGCCCACGAGUCCCAGUUGACGUGUUGUUUGCUAUCGGAGGGUGGAACACAAACAGCCCUACAAAUCUGAUUGAGACCUACGACACACGAGCAGAUCGGUGGAUCGAAGUCCAAGCACAGAGCCAAGAUCUUGGUCCGACAGCCUAUCACGGCUGUGUAACUUUGGGAGGAAAAAUCUUUAUCAUCGGCGGGUUUGAUGGAGUCGAAUAUUACAGUCAGGUGCGGUAUUACGACCCAGCAAACAAAAAGUGGUCAAAAGCCGCUCCUAUGCACCACAAAAGGUGCUAUGUCAAUGUUACUAUCCACGAUGACAAAAUCUACGCCAUGGGAGGCUACAACGGGGACACACGUCUAAGCAGUGCCGAAAGAUACACUCCCAGUACAAAUCAGUGGACACCAAUAGCGCACAUGCACACCGCCAGAAGUGACGCAGGCGCUUGUGCAUCAAAAGAUUUUGUCUUCUGCAUCGGUGGUUUUAAUGGCCUACACUGCUUGGACACAGGGGAGUAUUAUGAUCCCCAAAAUGAACAGUGGACCUACAUAGCAUUCAUGUCAUGCCCCAGAAGUGGAGUUGGAAUUAUUAUGUAUCACGACUACAUCUAUGCUGUUGGUGGGUUCAAUGGCUUGCAGCGACUUAGCACCGUGGAAAAAUACGAUCAUAUCAGAAACACAUGGAAACCUGUUCCUGAUUUACAUGUCCAGAGAAGUAACUUCGCCAUAGAGGUUAUAGACGACAUGAUUUACGUAAUCGGCGGUUAUAACGGAGGAGCAACAAUAAAGAAGGUUGAGUGUUAUGAUGACAAUUCUGAAGAAUGGUACGAAGCUUAUGACAUGAAAUACAACCGGAGCGCGCUCAGUGCGACCGUGGUGCAAGACUUGCCAAAUAUCAAGGAUUAUAUCGUCAAAAGGAACAAUUAG